GGUUGCUCGCGCUCGAUGUUAACAGGUAAGUUCAGAGUAUGGUUCAGGCGAAGGGUAAAAUCCAUUAGUACGGAGGAAAUUCCGUUUCACUAUUUUUGACUGUGAGUGUUUUCAUUUCUUGAAAGACUGGAGGUAAGUAAGACAAGGAAUAUUUCCCAUUGCACCUGGGGAUUCCCAUUUAAAAGUGUUGCACUAACCCAUUGAGCACACACUCAAAGCAGGUGGAGUCAAAACAGCAUCACGUGACAAGGUGCAGACGUUUAUAGAGGUGUGCUUUGAUAAGAAAACAUAUUUUCACAAAGGCCUGUUAUGGAGACAGGUCAUUUGGCUGUUCCCGAACAGAGUGGGAGAUAUUGAGAUAUUUACAAUGGAGCUCAAUGGUACACUGAGUGAAGAUCAGCUUGAUGUUCUCUCUACUGAGUACUUAGUGUUACUCACUCCCAGUGUGAUUGGAAGUUUUUCUGUUCUGGUGGUUUCUACAGUGAGAUGGAGGCAUCUAAAAGAACAGGUGCUCCUCCUGGUGCAGCUCGCCCUGGCGGACCUCCUGGCUGCUCUGAUCCUGAUGUCCACCAGUGUCAUGAACAAAGUGAGCACUGACAACAGUGUAGUCAUCUGCCGAUACAGCCUGCCACUGUCACUGACAUUUUAUUUAAUUUCAUUUUUGCUGGUGGUGGUUUAUGCAUGGAAUUCAAAGAAUGCAAUCCAAGGGUGGAGAGCAAGCUCCACUGAGGAUGAGGGUGGACAGAGUCGGUGUAGAAGGAAAAUAGUCGCUAUACCUGUAUAUGCCGUUGUGUGGUUGAUCCCCAUUGCAAUAUACAUAGCAUAUGUGCUCACUCCUUUCAUAAAAACCACUCCGAUGAUUCCAGUCUCUGACAGAGCAUUGAUUGUCCGUAAUGAUAGCAAAUACUGCACCAGUUGUAUUUUGUUCUUGCACGUCUGGAGUGAGUCCUGCUCUGUUGCUGAGAGGAGUCAUGACACUUUCAUUAGAGUUGUUCUCUUCCUCAUCGUGAUAUCAGUGAUGCUUUCUUGCUCUGUCAUUUACUAUAAGGUUGGCAAAUGGUAUGAAAGACAUGAGCAGGGAGGGCUUUUUCCUGUGGAGGGAGAUGGACGUUCAAGAAGGAGAUUCAAAAGAGUGUUUUCUACUGCAAGAAAUAUGGUGAUGGUCAUCUUAUUCUGCUGGACACCAGCUCUUGUACUCAUUCUGCUGUCUACCCUGACGGAUUGGACAAACAUUGAACAACGCAGCCUAUUUGGCCUUUACAUGCUACAGGCUGCAAGCGUGUCCCUGCAAGGCUUUCUAAACAGUAUGGUGUACGCCUGGAGACGGCCCAACUUCAGGGAGGCUGUUCUAGGGGAGAAUACACCCCUGCUGGCACAUGAGCGCCUGGCCUUCUUUGAUGAAUCGCUGAGGAGCGCGUUGUGAUUCGACUUUAGUCGUCUCUAAACACAUUGAGAGACAUUGUUGUGCUACUGAAACAACACACUGGCUGGAGAAAGACUGACCGCAAGCCUGCACAGUUCAUGACUUCAUGUCAAUCUAGACUGAAAAACAUAAUGUUCUCAUUUGCGUCCUGCAAAUUAAAAAGAAAUAGAACUUACAGAUGAAGGACGCACAAAGACUGAUGCAGUGUUUUUCUCUGCGGCUGCUGAUUUUUUAUGAAUUGAACAAACUCCUAGUUGCGUAUAGUAACAUAUUUGUUUGUAUAAUAAUGGGGACAAAGGGACUUUUGGAUAAAGUGUAGAAUUGUGUUUUAUUUAUACUGUGCUAAAAGUAAUUAAGUAAUUAAUGUAAUGUUUUAUUAAGAUUUAAAGAUACAUACAAACAGUACUCUAUACGGUAGUUUCAGAGAGGAAUGAUGAAAAACUGGUCAGGGUUACAUACUCUACAUUCGCUGUUGUGUCAUAUCAGAAGCAUGUGUCACAUAUAUUCAGUCUGUGGAGCAUUUAUGAGUUGGAACAGUGAGGAAUGCUGAGUUGCUGCACACAAGAGAAGGAACACGAUAUCUGCUUUGUCAUGCCUGUGUGCAACCACAACUGUAUCUCAUAAAGAAUCAUGUGCGGUUGUGUAACUGAGGGCACACAUGAGGCAUAUACAGUAUAGUAGUUCACACACACACACACACACACACAGGCACAACAAUCAGUACACUCUCAUGUUAUAGUAUCCUAAACUCCAUGAUAACGUUUAAGCAUGCGUGUCUGUCUCUGAGUUGAACUCCCUGUUAAUGAUUGACAGACUGCAGGCCAACCGGUUGGUGUUUGAAUAAGUGAUCACCUGACUCACUCAUGUAUCUAAUGUACUAUAAAAUCAACUUUUUACUUUCUUUGCUGAAGACCACACAGUCACCUGCAUGCUGUUGAUGCAUUUAAUAAAACAUAAGGGUUAUACAUAACA